AUGGGGCAGAAGCCCGCCUGCGUGCGGAUCGCCCUUCUGUGCCAUUUGCUGGCCUCCUUCGAGGCCGUUGUUGGCCUUCUCGCGGCCUUCUUCUCAAUCAAUGGCGAGAUUGGUGACGUUGCAUCCGCAACCGCGGGCAGCAAAGUCGCUGCUCCUACUGGGCGAGUCGCUGCCGCUGGCUAG